AAGCCCAGUGACGAUGUUUCAAAACAAUGGACCAUCAAGAAACCUCGUGGCAGGAUGCUGCUGACUCCUGCGAUACAAAUAACGGCUGUUGCUAACAGUACCGCAGAUUUGUCCGUUUUGUUUUCUUGUGCGUUUGACGCUGGAAAACCUUGUUAUAUUUUUUCCGGUAGCCAGAAGGAAUUGUAACAAGAUAAAUAGGUGAACGAAGAUGUGUUUGCCCACCGCGUCAUACACCGGGCAAAAUAGAAUUGGGAUCGGCAGCUUCGAGUAGCAUAAAGGUACAAAUCUUCGAAUACGGGUAAUCAAACGUGUAUGGCUCCUUUCUCAUUUCUAGACCGUCACCGUACCCUCAAUGUACAGGUAUACAUAACCACAAUUCCAACACAGCUUCCAAACUACCAUCAAUAUACAGGUAUUCAUAACCACGAUUCCAACACAGCUUCCAAAAGGGAUCGAACACUGUGCUGUGGAAUAUCUAAUAUUUUUUAACUCUAUUUUAUUAACUCUAAUAUUUUUUCUAAUUAAUUAAUUUAAUUAAUUAUUAAUUAAUCUAUCUUGUUCAAGCAAGUUCAACAUACAAGCAAUAAAUUCAUAAACAAUGCAGCCAUGCAUUUGUCCACAAUAUGGGAUUGUUUUUAAUUAACAGCGAUUUUUUUGUUUUAAAAAUAAUAUUGACAUUCACUAUAAUUAUGUACAACACGUAUGUACUUUUAAUAAAUAAAUAGCACUCGAUUUUUUAAUUUAAUUUACAAUGUUUAAUAACACUCAAAAUAUUUAAUUUUUUAAUUUGUAUUUUGUUUACAUUGUUAUUGCCAUGUUUACCUUGUUAUUACAGAAAACUGUCAUGGCGUCAAGUCGCGCUUCGAAUCGCGAUUUUUCGCUGAAAAUACACGUAUAGCGACUUUUCACAAUUUUUUUUAUAUGGAGUUUCGCAAAAUUUUUCUGAAUCGCGUUCGCAAACGCGACAAUUGCUAAGCGUUUAGAGCCGGGGUUACACUAUAAUUGUAGAGCGGAGCUACAGCUCCGCCUACGUAAAAACCAUGAAAAAAACCCAAAAAAAACGAAAACAGAACGAGAGGUCGCGAUACGUUUUUGCAUACGGGCGCGCGAGAGGCACAUAGGGUUUUCCGAUUCGAGCAGUGGCUUCAACUCAAGUAGUUUAAAAGCCCAUAUUUUGCUACCCGGGAGGCCACUGAAUAGGAUCAAGAUUCGGGACAAUUACCCUUUGCCAUUGAUUGAAACGUGCCUCGAACAAUUAGGAAACUAACGCUAUUUUACUCUUCUCGUUUUAAAGAGUGGCUUGCAUCAGGUCAAAAUGGACGAAUACUCUAUAAAAUAUAUUGCAUUUGUCACGCCUGAUGGGCAGUAUGAGUAUUUACGGAUGCCAUUAGGGUUAAAAACUGCUCCUGCAGAAUUUCAAAAUUUCAUUAACAACAUCCUUCCCUACGCUAAUAAAUAAUAAUAAUAAUUAACAUCAUCCUAAGAGAUUUUAUCGAGAAAGGAGUCCUUGUUGUCUACAUAGAUGAUAUUAUAAUAGCUUCAAAAGAGUUCCAAGAUCACCUCAGCAUAUUAACUAUGCUUGUUUUGCAGUUUUGCAGACCUUAAAAAGGAACGGUUUACAACUACGGUUGGAUAAGUGCAAGUUCGGGUUCAGUGAAUUAGAUUAUUUAGGCUAUCGAGCAAACGUGUCUGGUAUACGUCCAAAUGAACAACAUCUAACGGCUAUAGCAAACUACCCACAACCACAAAAUAGAAAACAAGUGCAGCAAUGUUUAUGUUUAUUUUCAAUUUUUAGUAGAUUCGUGCCUUCUUUUUCAGUUAUAGCCAAGCCAUUGACUAAUCUAUUGAAAGAUAACUUAUUGUUUCAUUUUGAUGAGAAAUACGUUACUUCAUUUGAAAUUUUAAAGAGAAAAUUGAUUGAGGCCCCUGUACUAUCUGUGUAUGAUUCGACAAACGAAACUGAAGUGCAUUGUGAUGCCUAUUCAACAGGUUUUGGAUCAGUGUUGCUACAAAGACAAAGUGAUGGUAAACUACAUCCAGUCGCUUACUUUUCGAAGACAGCUUCGGUUGACGAGGCCAAGCUACAUAGUUAUGAACAUAGUUAUUAAUUAGAGACCUUAUAAAUAAUUUACGCCUUAAAACGUUUUCAUACGUAUGUCCAUGGUAUACCCAUUAAAAUUAUAACUGAUUGCCCGCGCGCAUUCGACAAGGGCGCCAGCAGCCUGCUGGUGAGAGAGAGCGUUCGUCGAAAAAUGAACCGCGCGAUCCGUAAGACCGCGGCUGUCCAUGUGUCGAUAAGAACUGCUCAAAACCAUCAUGACGAAGGACCUAGGUUGCAAGCCGUACAAGAAACGCAAGGUUCACGAAGUAACGGAGACUACAGCUAACAAGAGGCUGGACUUAGCCAAACUGAUACUUUCACGUAGUGCAAUUACCAAAUGCUGUGCCAUCCUGUUCAUCGGCAAUGCUACCACCUUUGACAACAGCAACAACUACUACAACAACAUCAAACGACCAAAAUCUUAUUACUACUGCCGCAGCCGAUACAGUGGUCGCUGCUGAAACAGUCAACCAACAGCAAGCACCACCAUCAGCAAUGGUGCCACCUGUAUUGGAAUUACCAUCGGCUGAAAUGGCAAAUGAAAGAAAGGCACGGCUUGCAAGGGAACGAGCUGCACGGUACAGAGCCAACAAACGCUUUGCUCCGACAAUGGGGGUAACUUCCGGAACAGACCGUCCUUCUACCUCAAACCAAAAUAUGGCGGUAGAUGUUGCACCAGCUCAAUCAAGCGAGGAAUCGGUCCGGAUGGAGAUUGCUGCACAAUAUGGCACUCCAUUGGAAGAAACGCCAGCUGAACGAAAGGUAAGACUUGGCAGAAACCGGACUGCCCUGAGUCGGGCAUUGAAGCGACCGGCAGUUAGUGCAAUUACUGCGCCACCCUCUUCUUCGGCAAUGUUACCACCAAUGACAACAACAUCAGCAACAACAAUUAUUACGACAACAACAACAAUAACAACAACAACAACAAUAAAAACAGAAACAGCAACAACACCGGCAACAACUGUCCACUCAGCAACGGUCACUACAACUGCUGUACCGUUGCUGCAACAGCAGCAACAAGCAUACGUGCAUCAGCUGCGCGAAGAGGAAGCAGCUCGCCAGCGUGCAUAUAUUGCCUUGCAACGUAUGACCCAUAUGGUAAGAGUGGGACAUGGCAACCAUGAACAGUACAAUCAUCCCGAGGUUCACACCUCGUUCUGCCAGCACGGGAACCAUGCAUCCACUGUUCCGCGUUAAAGUGGCCCGGUGAACCACCGACUGUGUGCUGCAACAAUGGGCAGGUAGUGCUUAAACCAUAUGCUGAUCCACCGGCCGAAUUGCGAAAUUUGUUUGAUGUGCCAGCGUUCAUGCAGAACAUCAGAAAGUACAACAAUGCAUUCGCUUUUACUUCGACCGGUGCAUCUAUUCGUGGCAAUGACAAUCUAUUCGUGCGCCAGGAUGAGCGUGUCGCUCAAGGUGGCAUCUACAACUACCGCAUACAGGGUGCGCUUUGCCAUCGCAUUGGCUCAUUUGCAGCACUUCCGGGACGUUCACCCAGCUUUGCCCAGCUUUAUUUUUACGAUCCCAGCUCGGAGGACCAGUACGCGUCGAUGUUGAACCAACGCACCACUAUGUUCGGAGGUGAGCUGGAUCGUAACAUCCUCUCGAUCGUGCAACGCGUGCUUACCACCCACAACCCACUGGCAGCAUUGUUUAGCUAUGCAUACGAACGUAUGUCCGUUCGAGACGAUCUGCGAAUUCGUCUUCACACGCGAGUUUCUCUAAUCGAUCAGCGGCGCUACAAUGCACCAACUGCAGAAGAGGUGGGAGCCGUAUUCAUCUGCAACGAAACUGGAGCUGACAGGGAACAAACGCGUUACUUGGUGCUACAAUCACGUGCCGGUUACCAACUGCAGCAAGUAUAUGAGCAUAACCAAUACUUUAUGGCAUGUCAGUUACCACUUUUGUUUCCACGGGGUGAAUUGAGUUGGACCUACGGAAUACCGAAGGUACGUCCGCAAAGACCGACAGCCCGAGGUCGGCAACAGUCAACAACGGCCGCUACAACUGAUGAUGGUGCAGGAGAGGAGAAUCCACAUGGAGAGUCGGAACGAAAUGUGGAGCAUACUGCAUCAUCAGCGCAUCAAAUUUCACCCCGGGAAUAUGCCGCUUAUCGCAUCGCUUGGCGGGAAAGCAGCACCAAUGCGCUGCUACAUCGUGGUGGACGAUUGUUCCAGCAAUAUUGUGUGGAAUUUUAUUCCAUCAUGAAGCUGCAGCGUUUGCGGUAUGUGCGGGAUAACCAGGCACAAAUGCGCACAGAGGCAUACGCAGGCUUGAUCGAUCUUGCUGGCGCAAACAGAUUGAUUGCUGAACUACAACGCAACGUGCCGAACAUGCCGAUCGAAGGUCCGGUGCCGAUACCAGCCGACGGUCGGCCGAACGAUACAACGCUCGCGCGCACCGGUACGCGUGUAAUACUGGGUCCAAAUUUUGUCGGUGGAACCCGUUACAUGCAGGCCCAGUACCACGAUGCGAUGAGCAUUGUCCGCACGUUUGGUAAACCGGACCUCUUUCUGACCGUGACGUGCAAUCCGAAAUGGCCGGAAAUUACCGAGAACCUGCUGACCCCAAGGCAACGUGCCCCUGAUCGACCCAAUUUGGCAGUACGUGUUUUCCGUUUGAAGCUGAAAGCCAUACUUCAGGAUCUGACGAUGGGAGCUCUUGGCGUUGAGGUAGCGCGCAUACACGUCAUUGAAUUUCAAAAACGUGGCCUACCUCAUGCCCACAUCCUCAUGAUACUGGCAGAAGCAGACAAACCCCAAACGCCGGACAGCUACGAUCGGUUUGUAUCGGUUUGUACAACCCGUGGUUAAGCCACAAGUACAAUUGCCACAUUAACGUCGAAGUAUGCACAACGAUCAG